CGCACGGUGGCGGAGGUGCGGUGAGGGGCGCUCUUCCAUGCUGGCGUCAAGAGAUGCGAGGAAGAGGCGGCCCACAAGACUGAAGCUACAUGACAAACAGGACGACCAAAAUUCUUCUUUUGGGAGAAAAUCUUCUCCAAGUCUGCAGUUUGAAUUCUCUCAAAGUCUGCUGUUUCAGGGCCGACUACAUCCCUGCAGCCCUUAUGAGACGCAGGGCAUGGCGGAGAGACAGGACCAUGAGGUGGAGGAGGCCGACCACAUCUACCUGCUGAUGAAGGAGGAGUACCGCAUCUCCAGGAACGUGCGCCUGGCCUGGUUCCUGGGUAAACUCAACCAAGUCAUCUGGCCCGCCUCCAAGCCUGAGCUGCUCAACUCUGACAACGAGUUAGACCUGCUGAGCAUUUUACCCAAAGGAUGGCAGCAAGACGUCCCCAGCGCCACGCGGCCCUCCAUGCUGAUGCCCUCCUCCCGGGCCACCUUCCUGGCCCGCAGGUACCGCUUCAUCAUCGAGCUGGACCUCAGCCCCUCCACAGGGAUCGUGGACGACAGCACAGGGGAGAUGAUUUUCGACGAGGUUUUUCACGCCUUGUCGCGAUGUCUGGCCGGCCUGGUGCAGCCCUUCGAGGUCCCUGGAACACAUCAGCUCUUCAAGCCAAAGAUUUUCAUCACUAUCUUGGUGUACUCCUCCAUUUUUGGCCUCGCCUCCCAUCAGGUUUUGGUGCAGGGCUGUCAGCUGGACCGGACGGACCUCGGCGAGUUCCUGCACUACAUCUACCAGCAGCUGAAAGCGGUGGAGAGCAACAUUGCAGACGCCCUCAAUCAGCAGCCUGAGGUGCCAGCUAGCGGCGAGUCGAGCCAAAGCGGAGGUCUUCAGAGCAACAACCUGGAUGAGCAGCCUCAAAGGCGGCAGGGCGUCUCCAUGGUGUCAGCGGACAUGGGACUGGUCAGCAUGGUGCGCCAAGGCAUCCUAGCCCUGCAGCUGCUGCCCCCCAACUCCAGUGCAGGCAUCAUCAUCAUCACCGACGGCGUGAUGAGCGUCCCCGAUGUUGUCGUGUGCGAAACGCUUCUGAACCAGCUGCGGAGUGGAACCAUCGCCUGCUCCUUUGUGCAGGUGGGCGGGGCCUACUCCUACGACUGCAGCUUUGGCUACAUCCCCAACGUGGAGCUCAUGAAGUUCAUCUCGAUGGCCACCUUUGGCUCCUACCUCCCCAGCUGUCCUCAACCGGGCCGGGACUGCCAGGAGAUGAACGCCUACCACAAGGCCUUCCUGACCUACUCCUUCCUCAAGACCCCCGAGUCCAUGAACUCCGAGUCCUUCUGCGUUUCCCAGCACAAGCUGUUCAACGAGCACCUGGUGUCCGCCAGCGGAAACCCGGCGCUGGUCAUGAGGAGGAAGAAGCACACGGAGAAGGAAGUCCACGCUCAUUUGAUCAGCGUGGUGUCGGUGCGGCUGAGGGAGGGCUACACCAUCCGGGAGAUAAGUCUCACGAAAGGCGGCACCCAGCUGGAGGUGAAGCUGGUGCUGCUGUGGAAACACAACAUGCACAUCGAGUACUUGGCGGCCUCCUCCUGGCCGCUGGACCCCGGCAAGCGCAGCACCCGCGUGGAGGUCACCAUGGAGGGCAGCUACGACAUCCUGCACGACAUCAGCUGCACGCAGAGGAAGCCCAUCACCAGUCCCUACCGCACCUCCGUCAUCCGCCGCUUCUGGAACACGCUGCAGAGCAUCAACCAAACGGAUCAGAUGUUGGUGCACCUGCAGUCCUUCAACUCCAUACCUGAGAACUACACGAUUCCGGAGAGCACCAAAAACGGAGUUCCACUCUUCUACAUCCCUCCUGGCUCCACGACUCCGGUUCUGUCUCUGCAGCACAGCAGCUCCAAGGACUCCUCCCAGUCCCAGUUCGCCUCCUACUGGAAGCCCAUCCUCUCCAUGGAUGCCAACUUCUGGCAGAGGUGGCUGCACAUGCAUCGCAUCGCCAUCAUCCUGGAGCACGACCUGCCGGUGCCCAAACACCUGCACACAGCCGGAAACAACGGGCGCUACAGCACCAUCCAGUGUCGCAUCUCCCACUCGGCGCUCACGUCUUUGUUGAGGGACUGGAGCAGCUUCGUGCUGGUGGAGGGAUACUCUUACGUCAAACUUAUUUACAGUUCACCUGAGCAGCCGCCCACCUCCUUCUAUCUGGUCCGUCUCAUCUCCAAGACGCCCUGCAUGGUGCUGAGACUGGGCUUCCCUAUCGGGACAUCGGCACAUGUUCGAAACAAGAUUGUGGACGAGCUGAGAGAGCAGAUCCUCAAGCUACGCUUCCCGCAUCGCGUUCAAAACAAAGAGGCCACGCCCAAGACCAAGAGGAAGGCCGCGGGGCACCCGUCGCCGUCCAAGUCGCCCUCGCUCUCCGCUCCCAAGCAGGCGCUGUCGGACCGCCCGUGUGUGGUGGUCCUCAACAAGCCCCUGGAGAAGCUGCUCAUUCGGUCAGUAAAGCUAAAGGAACAUGAACCUUGUCUGCAGGGCAUGUCGGCCGACUGUGACCGAGAGAGUCACUCUUGCAUCGUCCAGUACAUCCUCUUCCCUCCUCACGCCACCUCCACCAAGGACAGCUUCUCCACCGACGACGACAACGACACAGAGGUGGAGGCGGUGGACGUGGACGUGGAGCUGAACCUGGUGACGGAGUGCUGGGUGGAGCCUCAGAGCGGCACCGUGACCAACUGCUCCGAGCAGCACCGCCACCUGCAGGGCCUCCGCUACCAGGAAGUGCAUCAAGCGAUCUUCCCCAGAGAUGUAACAUGCAUGUCCACCAUGAUGACCUUCGAGUACCUGAGCCAGCUAUGUCAGAACAAGGACCAGGCCUGGGCUUUGCCAGCUGGACUCAAGGACAUGAGAGGAGAACCUCCAGCGUCAGAGGAGAGCAUUCACACGGUUCCUUUCCAGUUUGAUCUCAUCCAGCUGCUCCCCAAGUGUCAGCAGGUGGAGCUCUUCUUCCUCACGUUCGGCACAGAAGUGGAGCUGGAGGAGCACCUUGGCAGUGCCCCCUGCCUGCCCAACGAGCUGCUCCUCAGCCUCUUCCACAGCAGCCUGGAGCAGGAGCUCAGUGACCGGGAGGUCCCGGUUGCCGACGGCGACCACGCCGCCUUCAUGCACCACAUCCUGGAGCGAGAGCGCGACGGCCACUCUGCUCCCUUCGCCCUUCCUGUCAUCAAAGAGGAGUUUGUGAAGCUUCCUGACAGACAGGAAGUGAUGUCUGCCUUCCACACACCUGGCAGCAGUCGAGAGAUGAUGGGAUCCACCAGCACUUUACAAAGUUUCACCAACGCAGACUUGGCGGACGAGGAGCCCCCGCUGGGGGGGAGGAACUGCUCGGCGCCCCAGUGGAGGUGCUACGCCAAGCACGUCAGCUCCCAGCAGAUCCUGCUCACCUUCCUGCCAGCCACCUUCACAGAUGUCCUGAUGCUGAUGUCGUCGGGGUUGGAAGUGGACCCUUUGAGUAACGUCAGCACGCAGGACGAGGACACUCUGACGCCCAGCAACAAGUCACAGGCGGACUCGCUGUCGGGUUCCACCGGCGGACUUGAUAGGUCCGAGUCCAGCUCCGGUCUGGCCAUUAAGUUGAGGCGGAGCUCCAGCAGCGGUCACUUCAGCGCCAGGUCGCCGUUGCUCUCCCCGCGCUCCGAGGGCCAGCCUGGGCCCGCUGACUCUCUGGUCCUGGACCGCGAAAGCUGGGAUUGCCGGGUGUUGGAAACCCAGCCUGGAACGCCGAGUUCAGAUCUGGGGGAGAAAGUUCAUUUCGCAGAACCGCAGAGGUCUGAUCUGCACAGCAGCUUCAGCCGGCAGCUGUCCCAGCAGAGCGGCAGCCAGUUGAAGUGUCCCGUCUACGUGUACAACUGCUGCCUGGACCUCCUGAAGGAGCAGCUGGUCCACCCCGGCGCCAACCGCCAGCCGAGAGACGUCUUCUUCAGACCUCAAGAAGCUCAGUUCUGGCAGAUGUCUCAGCAGAUGAAGUUCAGGUCCCUGUCUCAGGACCGCAGCAGUCCGUCGCCUUGGACGGACCUCCUGGCGCAGCCUCACAAACACAAGGAGCUGGCCCACCACUGCAGUCUGCUGCAGGAGCAUUACCAGCAGAGCUUCGCCAGAGGUGUCUACCGGAGCCUGCAGCAGUCCUACAGCAUCAGCUCCCAAGACGUCCUGAUGGCCAUGGACUACUGCGAGGAAUCCCUGCAGGAGAUGGACAUCACCUCUUUCCUGCAGACCCUCUGCGGACACAUCAGGGUCUUCAGGGAGAACGGCCAGUCUCCGCCUCAAAAUCCCAAACCCACGGAGAGGUCUGCUACCUUCACCAUUGGAGAGGUGGAGGAGGAAAAACCCGAUGUCAAGUCUGCUGUGGCCUCCAUGUCCAGUUUUGAGAUGGAAGAUGCCAGUGAAGUUGAACCCGGAGGACCAGCUCCCGUAACCAAGACGUCCAGGCUCCCAGUGUUCCCCCUGGAGAUGCUCCAGACGCAUCCCACCUGUGACAUGUGUCCAGGUGUGCACACAAUUAUCCAGGAAAAAUUUGUGGGGAUCAUAUCCCACUACUUCAAACCUGUGCCUUCCAACCCACAUUACUUCUUCUACUGCCCGCCAUCUUCCAAGAGAGAGGAAGACUCGGAGGACGGUGAAAUGGAGGCGAGGCCCAGCGAGGAUCUGCUGUCAGAGGCGGAGCCAGCGACAGAGGACGAAAUGACAUCCGGCGGCGGCGUGACGACCGAGAGCGACAACGACCUGGUGGUGGAGUACGAGGACCACCGUGGCACCAGGACCCACGCGGACUCCGAGGGCAGGUCCCGCUCUGACUCCAACACCGUCAACCAGGACCAGGACUCCUUCAGCAUCCUGGACGGAGACUCCCUGCUGGAGGCGGAGGGGCCGAUGUUUGACCUGCCGCCGCUCUUCCUGCACAUAACCUGCUCCGUCAACGCCAAGAGCUGCCAUGGCUCCACCCCCAUUUGCACACUGCCCACCUGCCUUGGCGAGAUCAUUUCCUGCCUGGACGACGUGGAGGCCUUAGAGUCCGUGGACCUGAACGAGCUGUCGGUCACCUUGGACAUCUUCGUCCUGACCCUUCCUCUGGAGAUCGAAGUGAUGUCCGACUUCCAUCACAACAGGUACACCUCGGAGAGCAGCGUGUCGCUCAACCGCUCGCCGGGACAGCCGUCGUCCUAUCGGUCCGACGAGGAACUGACCGCCGUGCUGGACGGCCUGAGGGGGGCCGACAUGGACCUGGUCUGUGGUGAACCUUUAGCCAAGCUGCCGCCUCCUCACAAGCACGCAAUCGAGGCCACGAUGGACGAGAUUCGUUGGCUGCUGGAGGACGAGAUCGUUUCCUCCCUGCGUCGCUCUCGCACCAUCGGCCUGGCCACGCUGCACAAGGUGGCGGAACACGUGGUGCUGUCUGUGGGCCGUCCUCACUGCCACAGCGAAGAUGUCCCCCUUCAGUUUGUCUUCCGGCCGGAGCAGUCGCUGGACAAAUUUAAAGAGGAGUUCCGUCGGAUGGCGCUCCCGGGCUACGUGCUCAACAGCGACCAGGACAGCUUCUACUACGUCUCUCUUAGCCGGCUGCACCCUCACAGGAUCCACGCCGACGACAGGCUGUCCCAGAGCACCGCCGCCCCUCUGAAGCAGGCCGCCUCCAACGGCGUGCCGCCCCAGGAGGAGUCCGCCUUGGCGGCUGAAGGGGAAGACGAGGAGGAUCCGACUGCGGAGCUUGGCGAGAAGGACGGCCCCUCGAAGGCGGACGCCGACAACAACGGCUCGGCGGAAGACAAAUGUCAGUCCAACAGCGUGCUGCUCCUGAACGAGCGCUGCCCCGAGGCCCCCUCUCCUACCAAGACCCCCUCCAGCGUCAGCCUGGCCGAGUCGGUGCAGUCCGUCUCUCACAGCUGCGGCAAGCUGCGGCCCAGUCGAGUCCAGAGUGUUGUUUCCAGCCAGGGAAGUUUGGAUUCCGACAUGCAGGGCUACGAUGGGGGCAGCAGUGACUCCGAGUGCGAGAGUCCCACCCUGGACGAACAGGAGAGUCGCACGCAUCUGAUGCCGGACUUCUGGCUCAUCGUGAAGAUCCACCAAGACCGAGUCAAGGUUUACUCCCACUCCAGGAGUCUCAGUGAAGGAAGGGAGCCCAGCGCCAAAGAGAUGGAGAGCAGGGAGGACCAGCAGGAGCUGCCCCAAUAUUUACUACUGCACCAUAUGGUGGUGCGCAAGAUCGGGGAACUCUGUCGAAUAGUCAAUCAGCGCAUGUUGCUGCAGGACCUGCACGACAGCCACGUCUGCAACUCCCUGCUGGUUGCCGAGAGCGAGGAGGACAUCUGGAAGAACGAAUCUCUGUACAGGCAGAGGCGCAACGCUUCGGACGAUUUCCACCCAGAGGAGAGCUACCAGGCCAGGGACUACCUGGCAGCCACCAUGCAGUUCAUACCGGGACAUUUUGCCUGCAAUGUGGUGUGGAGCACCAUCAUCUACAUCCACCCACGCCUCAAGAUGGGCCCCAACAUGGGGGUCUCCAGAGCCAUCCAGGCACUGCGCUCCGUGCUCAACUCCUUCUGCGUGGGCAACAGGACCAACAUGUUUGUCUACCAGGAGCGCACCACCAAGUCUGUCUUCUACCUCAGACUUUACGAGACGUCUCUGGCAGGGAAGUACUCCGACAUGGACGGGGGCCUCCAGGUCAAUCGCUCCAUCGGCCUGGCGAGGAGUCAGGAGCCGCUGUUCCCCGAAGACCUCAUGGGCUCCAGGUCGUCUCUGGAAGGUUCCCGCCCAGUGGGCCAAGUGGACAAGCACAUCCUGCUGCUGGUGCACGGCGUGGGCAACGCCGGCCCGGAGAUCACGGACGAGCUGCUGAAGGUCCUGCGCAGGCGUCUGGACGAGACCACGCUGGACCUCAUCACCGUGAUGCUGGUCAGGAACUGCAAGCUGACGCCCGCUGACGUGGAGUUCAUCCAACCCUCUGGUUCUCCUGCCACCGAGGUCAUGACCUUUGGCCUGCCUCACUUCUGCGGUCCCUGGCUGUCCGCCGUAGCUCACUACCUCCGUCAGAACCUGCUCAUCUUCCUGCACGUGCCCAAGUACACCGACAGCAACACGGCGCACCACUUCAAGCACUGCUUUCAUUCCGGCGCCGACGCGGCAGACGGCGACAUCUACCUCUACAACAAGCCGGGGGGUCAGGGGACCGGAGGCAAAGGUAUCGCCUGCAUCACGCUGACAUUUGUGGAUGCCAGCGGGCGACCUCUCCAAGUUCCACCUCUGGACUCUGGCCCCCUGCCCAGAUCUGACAACUGCGCCGUUCCUUUUCAUCCCGACAUGUUUGAGCAGUUGACCACAGUGCUGAAGGUGGACGGCAGUCGCAGUCAAGAACCGCACUUGUUGGUACGCUUCGACGUCUGGGAGCAGGGCAACGUCAGCCCCUCGCAGCUGGCCGACAAACUGCAGGGGGCGCUGCGCCACGCCCUGUGCGACGCCAUCAUGGAGCUGAGGGUGCUGCCCAACCCCCUCUGCCUGCCGUGCCCUGCAGCCAAAGCCCCCAAGGAAGAGGUCAAAGGCCUGUUGAGUCCGGCUGAGGUGAAGGAGGUGAAGGACAGUCCCAGACAACGUAGCGGGUCGCGGGUCUUUAAAAGCAGCCCCUCCCCCAUCACCUUGACGCAGAGCGGCGCCAUGACGGGGCCCGGCACGCCCGAGUCCACUACCCCCACCGGGAAGAGCACACGCCGCAGCUUCUGGGACAUACUGAGUAAGCCCGACUCUUCGGAGUUGGGAAGCCCGAAGACGACCGACGACAUCGUACAAGAGCGAGGAGAGGAGGGACGCGUGGCCCGGCGCAGGCACAAGACGGAGAGCGUGAAGCGACAGUGGACCCAGGAGGGAGUCAGCGAGCUGGAUUACCCUCUCAGGAGGCAGGCGUGCCAGCUGGAGGAGGGCGACGCCGGCGCCCUGCAUCCCGUCUACCAGCUCACCUGCCAGCCGUGGAUCGCCUUCAUGGCCCAGCUGGGCUGCCCCUCCAUUCAGCACUGCACGGCCCAGAUCGCCUCUCACUUCCUGCUGCCGUCCCUUCUGGCCGAGUUGGUGGGUCUGGUCGGAUCCCUGGCCAGCGACACCAGUGUCAAGAUCUUUGCCAGGACAAGCUGCCCAGCCGCUGGAGACAUCUUUGUGCCUUCCAACCUGCUCCAAAACCUCUGGCAGCGUCCUGAGGCUUCCAGAAGCUUCAUUCUGGUGGGGAGGAAUUUCCACCAGUGGCACUGCAGCACAGAGCAAGACCACACUUCCCAGGAGGAAAGCAUGAACAGGUUCACACCUCACAAGGGCUUCCAGCGCUUCGAGGCCUCGGAGCAGCAGGGCGACGGCUCGGCCCCGGGCCCCGCCGGGUCAGCGGCGCCCCGACAGAGGUUCCUGCUCAUCAGCAUCCAGGACAAAAAGGUGACGCUGUACAGCUACAACUGGUCGGCGGAGCUGGGGGCCUCCCUGGGCGGCGAGCUGGUGCGACUGGUGAAGUGGCAGAACGCCAGGGCCCACGUGGUCCACUGCCUGCUCAGCCAGAAGAUGGGCCUCUUCCACCACCACUGCUUCUCUGACGCCCCCCUGCACCACGUGGACUCCAAGCGGGAUCCCAACCCUUUCCUGGGGCCGGCCAUGGAGCCCGACACGCUGCUGCGGAGCCCCGUUCCUCCGCGGCUCAGCAAGGAGCAAGGCAGGCUGUCGGGAUCGGGCCGAAGUCUGGCUCCUCUCCACUUUCCCUCCGAGCUGCUGCCCUUCGACGAGGCUCUGAGGGACGUGUGCACCAUCCGAGCCCUGAUGGACGGCGACGCUGUGGCCCGACAUGGAGGACAGCUCCUGGAGAUCAAAGUGGCCGAGAGGAGAGAACUGGAGAAGCAGAUGAAGAUCGAGAACCUGUUUGUCACGUGGCAGCAGAGGUCGGCUCAGUCCAACAUGCCCAUCGCGCUGGCAGACCUGGAGACCUUGAAGCAGUCCUCCAGGCUGGUCCACUACUGCGCCACGCCGCUCCUCUUCGACCCCGUCUUCCGUAAGCAGAUCCAGGAGGAACAAGCGGUGCCGCCGCCAGCGAAGAAGCGGCAUCGCUCCAGCGACUCCACGGCGUCGGGCCGCGACCGCAGCUACAGCGCCGACUCGGCCGACAUCCUGAAGCAGGAGCCGUGGCUGCUGGACAUCUCCAGCAGCUUCCUGCAGCAGUACGUGCAGUACCUGCAGAGCAUGGGCUUCAUCCUGGUCCAGGUGCGGCCUCAGUCCCCGGCACGCAGCAUCGCCCGGGCUCGUGCCGCCAUGCUGAACUCCAUGUCGUCGGAGGGCAGGAUGUCUUUUUCUUAUGUGAAGCAGAAGAGCGAGGACAGCCCCAAGACCACGGUGUCCGCCACCACCGCUUAUCACCUCCAGAGGGCGCUGCCAGGCGGAAUCGUGCUAAUAGAGCUGGCUUUUCAGGGCUGCUACUUCUGUGUCAAGCAGUACGCGCUGGAGUGUUCCCGCAUACCCAUGGGACAGUCGGUCAACUCGCAGGGCGGCAUCCUCUCCAAACCUCGUUGCAAGCGGUUCCCAGACGCCACCCCGGUAUCUGACUGUGCGCUCUCCAUGCUUUUCACGGAGGAGUGCGACAAGGUGCGGGACCUGAUGCACGUGCACUCCUUCAGCUACGACUUCCACCUGCGGGUGGUGCACCAGUACCUGCUGGGCGGCCACGCCACGCUGCGCCAGGGCUACCAGCUCACCGACUUCCUCAGCGACUUCAUCUCGCAGCAUCCCGACAUCCCCAAGUUUGGACGCAACCACGUCUUCCAAGGGUGCUUCUCCGUCCCCACGGGGUUGAUAACCGCCCACCAGCUCUACAACUACAUCACCGACCACGCCGGCGCCUACGGCAUGAAGCCCUUGCGUAUGUCCAAGGCCGCCGGCGCCGCCGACGCCAAGAAGGCGUCCGAGCUUCACGAGUACGCGCUGGUAGCGCUGUGGAACAGCUCCGGCUCUUACAAGGACCUGGAGGGUCUCCAUCACCGCGACGUCUUCGACGUGACCCUGGUGGUGUGUCACAACGCCGCGCCCUUCGAGGAGCAGUCGGACGGGGAGAGGCACGUGCUGAGGUUGCGCUUCUACGUGAUCAUGACCAGCCAGAGAGAGCUCUUUCCCCGACUCACAGCUGACAUGAGGCGCUUCAAGAAGCUGCCUCAGAUCCACCGUGAACCGGGCGACCGCCAACCUACGGACCGGGCGGAGGCCUGCCUCGGUGGCGAGCAGGACCUCUGGGAGGACGAGGCGACGGGGGCAACCACCUCCACGCCCAGCGACGGCAACGAGUUUUACCCUCUGGUGGGCGUGUCCGCCCCGCCCCAGGGGCUGCUGUACCCCUCGCCCCUGUUCCCCCUGCUCAACAACGAGGUGGCGCUGGCCCGCCGGCAGAUCCAGGCCAGCGUGGAGGAGGCCAUGGGUCACUGCCGCAGGGACAACCUGUGGAGGCGACUCUUCCACGGCGAGCACCUGGCGCUGGACAAACUCAAGCUGACCAAGCUGACCUUCAGCGAGCUGGAGGAGCUUCUGGAAUCCGUCCAGAGCCGCUCGGUGGGGGAGAUCGACCCCCAGCUGGACUGUUUCCUGAACAUGAGUCCGACCUGGUACCAAAGUCUCAUCAAGGUUCUGCUCAGCCGAUUCCCGCAAAGCUGCCGACAUUUUGACGAGAGCGGAAUCCAGUAUCUGGCUGUUCUCAACCAGAAGUUCACCGACUGCUUCGUUCUGGUCUUUCUGGACUCCCAAACUGGAAAAACUAGCUUGAAGGUGGUGUUACGAGAAGCUCUGCCCCCUCAGCCGCAGGACGGCAGCAGCCCGCCACCCCUGCUGGUGUCCAUGUACCACCACCUGGAGUCCGUCAUCAACACGGCCUGCUACACCCUCUGGACCGGACUCUUGUGACCAAAGCAGGACCGGGACUGUCCUCUCAAGGGUUUUUAUUCAAGAUCCACACGGAACAUUUCAAUCGUUGGCUCACGGUCCUGUGGCUGACCGGACUUUGACUUCUUGAGAGGUGCAGCUGACUUGUUCUGGACUUGACUGAUGAGGUGUAAAAAAAGACUUUGGACUCGGGUGAUGAAACGCAGCACUUUACCGACGCCGCCUCAGUGCGGGCCCUCGGACUUCCCCCGCAUCACGAGACCCGAAGUGCCUUUUAUGGUUUGACCUUUUUGUUCUUAGGGUGUCCGACACUGGACCUGGAUCAUGUGACCACGGUGCCAUCCUACAAUAAAUCACACAAACACAA